GCGAGACAGGCUUGUCGACGUACGUGUGACCCCCUGAGCCCAACCCCGGGCCAAGCACCUCGAUCGCCUCUCACGUCUUGCUCCUAGGGAACAGGUGGCUCCUGGUCGCGCUUCCAUCGAUCCAGUCUUGGUCGCACGUUCGGCCGUAUAUAAACCCUCGCUCCAUCCAUCCAUGGAGGACCCCAGGAGCACCACAACACUGUACACCCUCUUCCUUCUCCGCUCGCGCGGCUCCUCCAUUGCCAGAGCUUGGUCGAGUGGUCGGUCGGUCGGUCGAUGGGCUUCCUAGAAGCCCUGUCGGGGCUGUGCCGAGCGUGGCCGGCUCCCCUGACCCGCGGCCACCUGCAGAAGGGGCGGCAGCUGGAGACGGUGGAGAUGAAGGUCCGGAUCGACUGCGAGGGCUGCGAGAGCAAGAUCCGCAAGACGCUGGAGGGGAUGGACGGCGUCACCGGCAUCGACGUCGUCCCCAGGGAGAACAGGGUGACCGUCACCGGCUACGUCGACGCCGCCAAGGUGAUGCGCCGCGUCGAGCGCAAGACCGGCAAGCGCGUCGAGCCGUGGCCCUACGUGCCCUACGACGUCGUCGCGCACCCCUACGCGCCCGGCGCCUACGACAAGAGGGCGCCCGCCGGCUACGUGCGCGACGUCAUGGCCAACCCCGACGCCGCGCCGCUCGCGCGCGCCACGUCCACCGAGACUAGGUACACCGGGGCCUUCUCCGACGACAACCCCAACGCGGCGUGCGCCAUCAUGUAGCUCCGAUCCUCACUAGGAUCGAACUCUUCCCAUUCCGUACGUUUGGCAACUCCUACUGUAGUAACUGCUAUGUAGUAAUAUCUGGGUUACACUUUUUCCUCGGUGGAGCUGCAUGGCUUCUCCGGGUUGGUUCACGCGGCAGGCUGGGCAAGCUGGCCGUCCUGUCGUCGUUCCCGUCGCAGAUUCUUCAGCCUGCCCCGCCGUCGCGGUGUUGGGGCCGGUCAAGCUCUUCGACCACUGAUGAGGUACGUAGCAAUAAACUCUAGGAGGCAGACCUGGCUAGCUCUGGCCGUUGGUCUUCUUCCCAUUCUGCUCGGCUGCAAGGUUGAUCGAUCUGGAAUGAUCUUGUACUUCGCCGGGCCCUUUCGCCGCCGGGAAUGAUCCUCGAUCGACGUCCUGAUGACUCGGUGUACUGUCCGGCGGCAUUUCUCCAGUGUCAGGUGCAGUUGCUGCUGUGUCCAUGUGUGCCACCUAUUUUUAACCUCCAGGCUCUAAGAAAGCCCUGGAGGCCACCAAAGAUCACGCCCAAUGCCUGGAAAUGAGAACUCAUCUUGCCAGGCAAGGUCGGAUCUUUGUGAUUGAAUAAAUGAUUUAGUUUCUUCCAGAAUAGAGCAGACACAUUGUAAUUUCCUUUCUUUACAAGAACCAUAUGUAGCGAUCUAGGAGUAUGUAACAAUUCUGCACAACCAAUUUAGUGCGUAUUUUUAAGGAACAAUCUGUAACCAAUUAUUGGCUUGGUGUAUGCUUGAAUGAUAACCAAAACAAUCAAUACUAUUUUUA